AUGAACAGCAAAGACUUUGUAGUUCUUCCAUGGGGAAAACCUGGACAUUCUGUGAAGCUAAAAUAUAAAAAUUUCCGAGAACUGAAGAUGGAGAAAGUACAGUUAGAGUUGGAGAACCAUGAGAUGGAAAAGAAACUACAAGAGUUCCAAUCAACAAGGAGCAAAGACAGAGAAGAAAGAGAGUCAAGUGACUAUCACUGGAAAUCUGGAAAAGUGGGAAAAUUGGGUAAUCAGUCACAUAUACUGUCACAAAAUAGAAGAAAUGUUAUUAAGCUUUCUCCUGGAAAAGUGAGAUUAAAAUUACUGAAGGAGAAGUUUCAAGAGCCAGUGAGACAAGCUCUUAAUUAUCAAAUGGCAAAUUUUUCUGAAAGAGAGAAGCCCAAGAUAAGAGGGAAGGUUUGUGGGCAGUGUGAGAACAAAGCCGCUCUGCUGGUAUGUCUUGAGUGUGGAGAAGAUUACUGUUCAGGAUGCUUCGCUAAAAUUCACCAGAAGGGGGCACUGAAGUUCCAUAGAACAACUCUUUUGCAGGCAAAAUCUCAAAUAUUAUCCAGUGUAUUGGAUGUUGCCCAUGGGUUUAUAAAGGAAGUUAAUCCAGAUAAACCCAAAGGGGAGAAUCGCUCUCCAAAAGAAAUUAGUAAGAGUCAGCAUCUACCCAAACCUCCUCCGCUGCAGGGGAGCAGCUCUCAGAUGGAAGUUUCAACCACACAAAAAGGAGAGUGUAUAAACCCGAGAGAUAGGCUCUUGUGUGAAGGGUCAUUCGAUGAAGAAGCUUCUGCCCAGUCCUUUCAGGAAGUUUUAAAUGAAUGGAGAACUGGACAUCAGAAUGACAAUGGGGAGCAGAACUUGCCUGCAGCAAAGCCAGACUCAUUGGAAGAAUGUGAGGUACAAACCAAUCUGAAAAUUUGGAGAGAACCACUUCAUAUUGAAUUUAAAGAAGACAGUAUAUCCUAUAUGGAAAAAUUAUGGCUUAAAAAACACAGAAGAACUCCACGGGAGCAACUUCAAAAUAUGCCACCAGAUAUGUUCAUACCUCAGUGUACAACCAUUAAUGAGGCACAGUGUUCUCAAAGUGAAAGUGAUGAAGAUAAUGAUGUUGAGGAGACUGAAGUACAAUGCCCAGCUCUUUUUCUGCCAGUGGAAGAAUUAAGAACAGAGAGACCUGAAACAUCUGUAGAAAUAGUUGAACUGGAUGAUAAUUAUGAAGAAGAAUGUGAAGAACAAGGAAAGAUCGUGCCUUACAAAGUCGAAUUAGCUGAAGCAGUUAGUCAACAAAGUUGCGCAUUUUAUGAUUAUCAGAAUACUUUUCCGUAUAAAAAUGAUAUCCAUCAGCAUCAUGUUUUCACCAAGGGAAAAAUAGACCUCUUACAUCUUCAUCUAAGCAACAGCCCUUCUUAUUGUGAAGAUAACUCGAAAGCAGGAACUUCAAAUAAAAAAUUUGGCAACAAUGUGGAUCCUGAUGUAUAUUCUUCUGCUGUUGAAAAAUUAGGGGAAAGCAGCUUUUCUGAAAGACAUUUCAAAGAGAAAAGUAUAAUUGAUAUGGAAUGUAAUCAAACUCUGAAUAAUUCCUGCAUAUCAUUUGCGAACAAGGAUUCUUUUCCAACGGUAGAUUUAGAAACACCUUCCAUUAAGGAGAAAUUGUCUCAAGACAUCAAAGAAUCCUUGGAAUUUAGCAACUUUCUGGAGAGGCCAAACUUGGAAGAUUCAAAAACUACAGAGUCACCACUGUUGCUACAAGAAAUAGCCCUCAGAAAUAAGCCUAUUACUGAAAAAUAUCAAGGACUUGAAAGAUUCUUUGUUCCUGAUAAAAACAAAAGACUCAACUUGCUGCCUUCUCAUAGUUUAGAACGCAGAUCUUCCGGUACUAAGGUAACAAUUGCAGGAGACAGAGACUGGAUCCCAGACCAGAGCAUAAGUCCUAACAGUGCAGUUGCUUCGGGUGCUGCACCAAGUGACCAGAACCCAUCACCAAGUAGAACACAGCAAAAGAUGGGCAAGACGUCACAGAGACCUUCAACAGCAAAUUUACCACUUUCCACCUCUGUUCAAAGCAGUUCCAACUGUAAUUCCUCCUUCCAUCCUCCACCAAGAAGUGCCCCGGCUCAAUCAUUGUCUAGAGCUGCUUUUGAAAUUUCAGAAAUUGAGCACAUUGAUAUUACUGACCACGAUGAGCCUUUUUCAGACAACACUGCUGACCAACAAGCCUUCGACAGCCUGGAAAAGGAAUUGAAUGGGCUGAGAAAUCUUGCAGAUCCUUCGGAAAAAAGUUACAGCCUAACCUCAGAAGAGUCACCAGCCUUCAACAAUGAUUCGCUGAACAUAAGUCAGGCUACCCUAGAUUUCUUUAAGACCUCACAUUCCAGGGACCCUUGUGGAAUUAAGGAACUGAGCUUUUCUGAAAAAGAUACUGAGAUUCAGUCUUUCCUGACACUUUCUGAAAGCAGCAAGGACGAGGAGGAAAAGGACUUCCUUGACAAGCAACAUGUCAUCAUACUACCAUGGCCGAAGAGCACCUAA